AUGGUUUCUAUUCGCACUCUCGCAACACUCACAGCGCUGGCCCUUGGCGUUACGGCCCAAGACCUUCCUUCAGAUGCUCCUUCGGAAGAGCCAACAGGGCUACUGCCACCGAUCCCCCUCCCUUCGAUUGUUCUCCCUGAGUUACCAACGACCCUGGUGACGCUGGUCCCGGCCCCCUCGGGAAUCCUCACCUGCGCCACCGUGCUCUGCAUCCCCGAUUACGUUUGCAUAGAGACGGAGGGCGGGCCCAGAUGCGUCCCUCAACGAUGUGGCAAAGUCAUCUGCCCGGUCGGAACGAGGUGCUGCAACGCCAGCUGCAACCUCUGCACGGCUCCCGACGUCAUGUGUACUCAGCAAGUCUGCGAAUCCACCACCCUGGAACCCCCCGCCGAGUAA